AUGAAGUGGAACCUCCCUCAUCAGCCUCAGCAGCCCAACCCCAAGACUGCACUACGUGCCACUAAUCUCUCCAGAUAUCAAUCCACAGAAGCCAUGCCAGAGACCCAACCCCUUACCAAUAGGCCUAUUCCCUCUAGGACUCUUAGUACUCCUGCCAUCAGGCCCAAUCCUUCCCCCACACCCAGUCAAGUCACCCCUACCAACAGAGGAGCCAACCACAGAGUGCCAGUCACGGUAUAUCCCCCAUCCCAGCCUCCAACCCAGUCUCAACGCCUACACAGCAGAGAGGAGGUACCCACCCAGGCCAGAUUGGGACCCACCAGGGGUCAAACGUAUGCGGAAUCAGCCGCCAAGCGUCCAAGGACCUCCCCUACUCACCAUGCUCUGCAAGCCAACUCAGCUGACCCCAAGAAUGCUUCGAAAGCCCACCAGACACCAGUGAACCCUGCCAAGGCUCAGCCCUCAACCUCGGGACAGGUACCUUGGCCUUCACUGCCUGCUGCUUCAGCCAACACUGUCUCUCAGGCCAACCCCUCGACCUCGUCGAAAACCACUACCCCCCUAAUGCCACCAGGGCGUAUAAUGCUGUCUAGCCACCCCAUUACUGCCACAAGCUUGGAAACCAAGACGGCAGAACAGUGGCUGGAAGAACUCGCAGCCAUGGACCCCAUGGCCAUCGCUAGGUUCCUCAACAAACAGGUUACCGCGAAACCGAAUAAAGGCGCUGAAUAA